AUGGGCAGACAAAGCCUUGAAGGCAAGACCGACGUUGCCAUGGCAGAGAAUGCCACUCAGGCAGUCGAUGACCAGAUCCUCACUCUUGACCAGAGGAUCCAAGACCUUGUUGCGGCAGCUCCUCCUUUCUACAAGAACAAGAGCCUUCUCCAACUCUACCUUCUUAUCAUUCCGACUUGCCUUUCCGCUGCUGUCACGCUAGGCUUUGAUGCCAGCAUGAUGUCUGGUCUCCAAGCUGUGCCAUCAUGGGACAACUACUUUGGACAACCUCGCGGUCCACUUCUUGGCAUCAUGGCUGCCAUUCUCCCUCUCGGUUGUGUCGUCGCUACUCCAUUCAUCAGCCUGGUCGGUGAUCGCUACGGACGACGCAUGGGUAUCUUUGUUGGUGCUGUCAUCAUGAUUACUGGUGCGGCCAUUCAAGGUGCCUCUGUCCAUUUCGCCAUGUUCCUUAUCUCACGAUUCGUUAUCGGAUUCGGUCUUGUCUUCGCCAAUGCCUACGCGCCCAUGCUUAUCGGCGAAUUAGCACAUCCCAAGGAACGACAAGUCAUCACCUCGCUCUACCAAACAUCAUGGUAUAUUGGAGCUAUUCUCGCCGCCUGGGUCACAUUCGGGACUUUUAGUAUCCAAAGCGAGUGGGCGUGGAGAAUCCCCUCUCUACUACAAGCGGCACCAGCUUUAUUGCCUAUAUCCUGCGUCUUCCUCCUUCCCGAAUCACCUCGAUGGCUUAUCGCCAAUGGCCGUAGUGAAGAGGCCAGAGCUAUGCUCGUUAAGUGGCACGCCAAUGGAGAUGAGAAUGAUGAGUUGGUGAAGCUUGAGUUCCAGCAAAUGCGAAACGUUAUCGAAGCCGAAGUUAGUAAUGAGUCCGGAUGGAAAGACCUCUUUACUUCACCUGGAAACCGAAAGCGAGUCUUUAUCCUUGUAUGUCUCGGCUGCUUCAGUCAGUGGUCCGGCAACGGUCUUGUGUCUUACUACCUUGUCCGUGUCCUGGAAACAGUAGGUGUGACUGAUGCCAGAGAGCGAAAUAUUCUUAAUGGCUGCCUUAUGGUCUUUAACUGGCUUACCUCUGUUGCCUCGGCCUUCCUCACCGCUUAUAUGAAGCGCCGCACUCAAUUCCUCAUUUCUGUGGGAGGCAUGCUUGGUAUCUUUGCCUCGCAGACCCUUUGUGCUGGCCUCUUUAAUGAGGAUCAUAACACCGCCGCCGGAAAGGCCGUUAUCGCUAUGCUUUUCCUCUUCUACUUCUUCUACAACUUGGCCUUUAAUGCUCUGUUAUAUUCUUACCCCGUCGAGAUCCUACCCUACCCCAUCCGUGCCAAGGGCUUCUCUCUCCUCAUGUUCUUUGGCAAGGCAAGUAAUUUUAUUAACACCAUGGUCAACCCCAUCGGCCUCCAGGCUCUUGCUUGGAAGUUUUACUUCGUUUAUGUUGCUUGGCUUGCUAUUGAGCUUGUCGUUGUGUGGAAAUUCUUUAUUGAAACUAAGGGCCCUAGUUUAGAGGCGAUCGCUGCUGUCUUUGAUGGAAACUCCAUGACUGACACAACUGAUGAUGAAAUUACUGGCCGCCUACAGAAGAAGAAGUUAUCAGAUAGCUAG